AUGGACGCCUUCGAGUAUAAUGCAAAUCCGGGCCGUGUCAUCUUCGGCAGCGGUACUAUUCAAAAGCUCCCCGAUGAAAUUGCGCGGCUCAACCUAAAGGCCCCGCUGGUCCUGUCAACACCGCAGCAGGCCGAGCACGCGGAGACGGUUAAGUCGGUUCUCAAGGGCCAAGUAGCUGGCAUCUUCUCUGAAGCUACGAUGCACACCCCUACCCAUAUCACAGAUAAGGCCGUCGAGUAUGCAAGGGCCCACGGAGCGGAUUUGGUCGUCUCCAUCGGCGGUGGAAGCACCAUUGGUCUGGGCAAGGCGAUCAGCAUCCGGACCGGCCUUCCUCAUAUCUGCAUCCCGACCACAUAUGCUGGUAGUGAGAUGACUCCUAUCUUGGGAGAGACGGCGGACGGACUGAAGAAGACUCGCUCGGACCCCAAGAUUCUCCCCGGGACGGUCAUCUACGACGUCGAUCUUACCAUGACUCUACCUGCGGCGAUGAGUGCCACGAGCGGUGUCAAUGCUAUUGCCCAUGCUGUCGAGGCGCUGUAUGCCCGCAACACAAAUCCCGUCAUCAAUCUGAUGGCUGUCGAAGGUACCCGGGCACUGGCAUCUGCCCUUCCAGAGAUCGUCGAGAACCCCUCCUCGAAAACUGCUCGCUCGCUGGCUCUGUACGGUGCCUGGCUCUGUGGUACUUGCCUGGGUAGCGUUGGCAUGUCUAUCCAUCAUAAACUCUGCCACACGCUCGGUGGCAGCUUCAAUCUGCCUCACGCAGAGACGCACACGGCUGUCCUGCCACACGCUAUCUCUUACAACGCUCCCAAUAUCCCCGAGGCUACGAAAAAGCUCGCAGAGGCGCUUCCGGACAGCAACGGCGAUGCUAUUCACGGCCUAAACGUCUUGCUCGACAAGCUCAAGGUCAAGCGGGGUCUCAAGGAGUUUGGCAUGAAGGAGGAGGAUAUUGACAAGGCCGCAGACAUCGCUGUAAGCAAUCCGUAUUGGAACCCUCGAGACAUUGAGCGUACUCCUAUCCGGGAGUUGAUCCGGAGGGUAUGGGCUGGCGAGCCGGCGAGAGCAGAUCUCUAG